AUGAGUACUUGGUGUUGCAUCGUAAUCAUGAUUUCUACGAUCAGUACUGGUGUGUUAUUGCCAAUGCCACAAAACAAAGAAAAAAAGGAAACGUAUGAUCGCCAUUACUGGUAUUCUCAAGCAGAGCAUACUCUUCAAAAGCGUUUGCAAUAUGCACCAGAAAAGAAUCCAAUAGCAAAAAACAUCAUUCUUGUUGUCGGCGAUGGUAUGAGUUUAACGACAUCAACUGCAGCAAGGAUUUUAAAAGGGCAACGAAUAGGACAAUUUGGCGAAGAUACAGAUUUGGCUUGGGAUACUUUUCCUGCCGUGGCUCUUGCUAAGACUUACAACAUUGAUGCGCAAACCGGAGAAUCGUCAGCGUGCGCUACUGCUCUAUUAUGUGGAGUAAAAGCACAUUAUGAAACUCUCGGCUUAGACGCUGGAGGAAAGUUUAAUAACUGUGCAUCAGCCAUUAACUCAAAAGUUACAUCAUUAAUAGACUGGGCGCAUAGUGCAGGUAAAUCAAGUGGUAUUGUAACAACAGCAAGAGUAACGCACGCAACUCCUGCGGCUCUGUACGCUCAUGCGCCAUCUCGUUAUUGGGAAGAUGACAGCCGUGUCUCACCAACUGUGCGACGUGAAUGCAAAGAUAUCGCUUUACAACUUGUAGAAAAUGAGCCUGGGAGGAGUAUUAACGUAAUAAUGGGAGGCGGAAGAAGACAUUUUCUACCUACAGUAACUUUAGAUCCCGAAAACCCAAAACGUGAAGGACGACGAUUAGAUGGGCGUAAUUUGGCUGAAGACUGGGUGAGAGAAAAAAGGAAAAGACUAUUACGAGCACAAUAUAUCACCUCAAAGGAACAGUUACAUAAAAUAGACCCUCGUAAUAUAGAUUAUUUAUUAGGCUUAUUUGAAUAUUCACACUUGAAUUUCAACGUCGAUCGUGGAACAGUUAUAAAUUCAGAAGAUGAAACAGGUACCAGUUCAACAAAAAAAAUAGACGAUCCCUCUCUUGCAGAUAUGACAAGAACAGCUUUGUCAAUAAUAAAGAAAAAUGAAAAAGGAUUUUUCUUAUUUAUUGAAGGAGGAAAAAUUGAUCACGCUCAUCAUUACAAUAAUCCGUACAGAGCUUUAGAUGAAACUUUGGAAUUAGAAACUGCACUUCUGGCUGCGUUAGAGCGUGUAAAUAUAGCAGAAACUUUAAUCGUCGUUACUGCUGAUCAUGGUCACGUCAUGACGUUUGGAGGCCAACGUACACCAAGAGGACAUCCAAUAUUAGGAGCUGACGUAGAAGUAUCGGAUAUUGACGGCUUGCGGUACACCACACUGUUGUAUGGUAAUGGACCCGGUCACUCGGAGCCCCGAUCACUUCCAGUAAAUGUAACAAAUUCAUUUUCAUCCCCUGAUGCAUUACACGAAUCUGCUGUCCCAAAGCAAUGGGCAACACACGGAGGAGAAGACGUACCAAUCUACGCACUGGGUCCGAUGGCAACAAUAUUGUUUACUGGCGUGGUAGAACAAAGCUAUAUUCCACACGCAAUUGCUUAUGCAGCAUGUCUAGCGCAUCAGUCUAGGAGAUGUUUGAUAACUAACUACACCGAACCAAAGAUAAAAUCACAGAGUUGCACCUCAUCAGAAAUAAGCAGUUUUUCGGCUGAAGAAACGAGCAGUGAACGUACAAGAAGUCGAAGUCUAGUCGUUGCUUCAAGUGUUAUGUCGGAUGAAAGAAUAAAUCAAUCAAGCGGUCGAUAUCACACCAUGUCAUGUCAUUUUGUUUAUUACAUCACUUUGUUUUGCAUAAAUUGGUUUUCAAAUAUCAUGAGUAAUGGUUAA